AUGGAGGGGUGGGCGUCCGCGGCGGCGUACACGGCCGCCGCGCUGGCGUCCGCGGCGGCGGCGACGGUGGUGGCGCUGCGCCUCGUGCACCGGCACCUCCUCCACUACGCCGAGCCCACGCACCAGCGCUUCAUCGUCCGCAUCAUCCUCAUGGUCCCGGUAUAUGCAGUGAUGUCAUUUCUUUCCCUUGUCUUACCACAUCAAGCAAUCUACUUCAAUUCUAUUCAAGAAAUCUAUGAUGCUUGGGUCAUCUACAAUUUCCUUUCACUUUGCUUGGCAUGGGUUGGAGGUCCUGGUACUGUGGUGGUAAGUUUGAAUGGGCAAUCUUUGAAACCCUCAUGGUUCCUGAUGACUUGCUGUUUACCAGCUAUUCCUCUAGAUGGGCGUUUUAUACGGAGAUGUAAACAAGGCUGUCUGCAGUUUGUGAUCCUAAAACCAAUCUUGGUUGUUAUCACCUUCAUACUUUACGCAAAAGGAAAAUACGAAGAUGGAAACUUCAGUGUCAACCAGUCCUAUCUAUACAUAACUAUCAUCUAUACAAUCUCAUACUCUAUGGCAUUGUUUGCUCUUGCACUAUUCUAUGCGGCAUGCAGAGAUCUACUUCAGCCUUAUAACCCUGUCCCGAAGUUCAUCAUAAUCAAAUCAGUUGUGUUUCUAACGUAUUGGCAGGGUGUGCUGGUUUUCCUUGCUGCAAAAUCUGGAUUCAUAAAAAAUGCUGAGAAAGCUGCCUAUCUCCAGAACUUUGUGCUAUGUGUUGAGAUGCUCGUAGCAGCCAUUGGGCACCGAUUUGCCUUCUCCUACAAGGAAUAUGCUGGCUCCAAUGCCCGCCCUUUUGGUGGUUUUAGGGGAAGCCUUCUUCACGCGAUGAAAUUCAAUGACUUCUAUCAUGACACUGUGCACCAGUUUGCACCUACAUAUCAUGAGUAUGUGCUCUACAGUAACGAGGGGGAGGAUGAACCAACAAAAUACAGCCCCAGCACUAUCGUGCCAACCGGAGAGCACCUAGUAGAGCUGGCGGAAGUCACUGUUGUGAGCUCGAAGGCUCCAGGAAUGUCGAGUUUAUUGCUGAAUGAGGCUGAUCAGGCAGAAACAAUGCCCUCCCAAGUCGUGGAAGCCAACACCGCUGCUUCCGUGGAACCAUACGACCUCUCAAGCUUCCUCAACGUAGAGUUAUCUGAUUACCCUGAUCAGGUCCCUGCGAUUCCUAAUGUAAGAGAACAAUGA